AUGGAUUCAUGGAAUUUGGCUAUUGCAAUGAAAAUUGCAGCUCCUCCCAGGACAUCGAGUGCUCAGGCCUGUGUUGAUGUUUGCGUGGUUAUGGCCGCGAGGCAAGACCAUUUGCGCCAAGGUAUUGCCAAACGUGGCCAAGCAAAUGGUCUCGCAGGUGUGCGAAGGAGUAAAGGCGCAGGGAACGGUGUUCUGAUGAAGAAACCAAAAACAAAGCUGGCGACGGCAAUACAAAUAAAUUAA